UUAUAGCUAUUUUUGUAGAUAAAUUAGUCGACUCCAUGGCGAUAGGCCUGGUCAAAUAUAUAGAAUAGUUUGGGCGAGUAUCACUUGUGUAGUGGUAUGUAGUUCUAUGCUUCUGUUAAUAUGAAGGGUUUCCUUGCCUUCGUUACUGGGGCUGCGGCCUCCAGAUCGUAUCUGACAUGGACCGCGGACUCAUUUAUUAAGCACGGCGUGAAACCGACGCAGGGAUACAGUGAAGCAACCCUCUACUCAGGAUACGAGGCUGCGUAUGACCUCACCCAGUCCGAGACGUAUGUAGAGUGGUACCGGGGGCAGAUCGAUGGCCCCGUAGUCUUAGAAGAUGGUACAAUUAAGGACUGGAAGAGCACUUUCUAUUCCUUAGACAACUACCGAAUUGGCAACAAUAUAUUGUGGUGGUACGAGCACACGCAACUUGAUAAAUACAAGAGCGCCGCGGACGUCAUUCGUAGACAGUUAGAUCGGCACCCGCGAACCCCUACCGGCGGCUUCUGGCACCGCGAUCCUAACUACCCCAACCAGAUGUGGCUCGACGGCAUCUUCAUGGCGGAUAGCUUUUACGCGAAGUGGACGCGUCUAUUUGACGCGGAUAACGAGACGGCGUGGGACGAUAUCGCGCGCCAGUACGACAAUAUCGACGCCCAUACGCGGAAUAAGACGUCGCAGCUCUUGGUUCAUGGGUACGACGAGAGCAAAAAAGCAGUCUGGGCCGACCCCCUGACGGGUGCCGCGUCGUUGGUGUGGGGAAGAGCCGUCGGUUGGUACUUUAUGAGUCUUCUCGAGGCGAUCCCCUUAUUCCCGCCGCGCCACCCUGGCCGCGAACGACUCGUCGAGUAUUUCACGACCCUUGCGGCCGGUCUUAAGGAAGCGCAGGAUGACGAUUCUGGUGGCUGGUGGCUUAUCAUGAGCCAGCCCUAUCCGGGAGCGGCGGGAAAUUACAUCGAGAGCAGCGCCUCGGCCAUGUUUACCCUCGGUUGGCUAAAGGGCAUCCGGCUGGGCUUGCUCGACGAGCGCGAGUAUCUCGAGCCGGCGCGCAAAGCGUACAAUGGGCUCGUGGAGAAUUUCGUGAAGGUGGAUGAAGAGAAGGACGAUCUUCUUAAUUGGGAGGGGACUGUCGAAGUUGGCUCCCUCGGCAGCAAUGGAACUUACGAGUAUUACAUAUCGAUACCUCUGGUUGAGAACGACCACAGGGGUGCUGGAUCGUUCAUGCUUGCGUCCUAUGAGAUGGAGAGGCGUUUAACGCAGGACCCGUUUGAAGGUUGAACUUGGGCAUAAGCUUCGACGCUUCGGCACGGUGAAAUUGGACAGCGGGUAAAAUCAAGGCACCGCGUCUUUCCCUAUGUAGAAAAGAUCAAUGCUGACGGUAAGCCGGAUUGCAACGUUAUCGGGUUGGAAUUCCAUGCUAAAGAAGAGAAUCACGUCACGCGUAAAAAAGAGUGAAGGUGAAAAGGAAAGAAAUAAAUGGGGAUGGAUUCGAUCGGAGAUAUCGGAUUAUAGAUGGUUGUGGGGAAUUCGCGUUU